AUGCUAACACUUUUCGACGAGGAGCUUACAAAGAAACAAAUGAUUACUACUGUAAAAAAAUACUACCUACUUAUUUUGUAUACUGAAAUUAAAUUAAAAUUUUUAAAUUUAAAAAGCCGGUUAAGUGCGCUUUGGACUCGCGCAAGAAUGAAUCCGUACCAUUAUCCAUUAAAAUAAAGUCACAUUUGUUAUUUUCAAUGGAGUUUUUCGAAAUUUUCGAGAUAAAUACAAGUGGUCGACUAUUACUCGUGUGUAUUUUCUAGUGUUAUGUUACCAACGACCGUUUAGUUCGUAGAGAGGGGGGACACUUGACUCUAACGAAAAUUAGUUCUUUAAAGCUUUAUAAGUCACAAACGGUUUACUAAAUCUAAAAACUGCCUUCCCAUACCAUCAGUGAAUUUAAAAGACCUAGCCAUCGAUGACCCACACUCUGAAAAAGAGUAAAAAAAUAUCAUCCCCACUUUACAUAUGGGGGAAGUAUUCUCAAACUUUUUUUUCUAAAUUUUUCUUUACUCCUUGCCAUGCUAAAUUACAACUCUCUAGAACUAAUAGUCUUUAACUCAUAUUUUAAACGAUGAGACGUCAGAAAAUGUCAUUGUGAUUUGUUAUAUUCUACAGGUAACACCGCUACGAAGAUCAUUGAAUGAGGGCAGUCUAGUGAAUCUGACAGCUAAUUGCAGUAAUGUAGUACCCACUUGUUCACUUUCCUGGUAUUUCGCCACAGAUGAGUAUUUGGGAUCUCUAAAUCAAAUUAAUGACAAUGGAACUUUCAAUAAGAAUCAGCAUGGAGAAGCUCUCUCAGAUACUGUUACAAUAUAUUCACUAGAAGAGCAAUUUCUCUAUGAACUGUCUGAUUUUACGAACGAGACGGAAUGGAGGCAAAUAACGACCACCAUGACGGCUAAAGCUGGCCGAGCACGAUUGUUGGCACAGUGUGGCUGUUCCCUUGCAUUCAACUGUGAGACGGAAGGAGAAGUGUACGCAGACGUUUGGUUCGAACUGAAUAAUAGCCCUGUUACAAGCAAAGUAAUGGUAGGAGCUAUGAUAAUAACAAUCUCACCAGAAUCAGGAACUGCUUUAGAGACAACAUUCCGCAUAAGUACUCUCGCAGCGUCAGAUCCUGAUGCACCACUAACAUAUUCUUUCUAUUGUUCGAUUGGAGCAGAUGAAAGUAUAUUAUUAGCCUCUCAUUUGGAGCAUCUUUCCGAUGUUACUAUUUUACCAUACAAUGCAAACGGUGUAGACAUAUGGGUAGAAGUCUGCGAUUCCUUUGGUGCAUGCUCGAAAAGUAAUGUCAAUAAGGUUUUUCUGAAUCCCGGAGAAGGUAAAACGUUAGAUACCCUUUUAGAAGAUAUAUAUGCACAUAAUACUCAACAAACAUCCAUUCUGCAAAAGUUUACUGAAGGUUUACAGAGAUCGAUAAAAAUGAUCGAAAUCAGUUGUAUAGAUAGAAAUUACCAGAAAUAUACAGACAUGUUAUUGCAGUUAAAUCGUAUUGGUUUAGACUAA